CACCCUCUUCUCCAUUAAUUAUUCAUCGUGAUUCCAUACAAAGACAAAGACAAAACCAAAACCCAAUCACCGGCCUCCGAAUGCUUAUUCUACAAGUUUUGUUGACUCAUGAAUAGCCCAAUCGUUGAUAAACAGAAUUUCUUCUUCUUUUUUCUCUGCAUGUAGACAUAGGUUGUGUCUACAUGCAGAGACAUUAUGGAAGAACAAACCCCGAUUUUGAAUUUGAAUAGAAUCAAGGGAGGAGGAGGAGGAGGAGGAAUAAGGAGACCGUUAUGGGUAUCAGUGCUGGUUCUGUUCACUGUAAUUGCUCUGUUUAGUCUACAUAUCAAUAGAGAAUAUUCAAUUUUCUCGAUCCCUUUGGAUUUCAUUUCGGGUCGGGUAGGAGUAGUAUCGGGUUAUCAACAGAAGAGCUGCUCUGAUUUCUUCAAACAGGUACCAGCGAGGAAGGUGGUGAAAUCGAUCAGGGAUUUCGGUGGAAUUGGGGAUGGAAAAACCUCAAAUACAAAGGCGUUUCAACGGGCCAUGGAGUUUAUGGUCCGUUUCACGGAGAGUGGUGGGUCCCAGCUUGUUGUUCCUAAAGGUCGAUGGCUUACUGGUAGUUUCAAUCUCACUAGCAAUUUCACGCUCUUCCUCGAAUAUGGCGCUGUUAUCCUCGGUUCUCAGGAUCCAAAUGAAUGGCCGAUAAUCGACGCUCUGCCUUCAUAUGGAAGAGGGAGAGAAAGACUGGGAGCGAGACAUAUUAGCCUUAUUCAUGGAAAUGGUCUCACCAAUGUUGUAAUUACAGGAUUGAUUUUAUGA